GGGAAAACGAAAUUUCAUUAAGGACUUUGAGAGGCUUCUGGGAAGGGUUUUGAAGGCAAUGCAAAUUUGAAUGAAUCUGGAUUCAAGUGAAGGAAGAAUUUCACCCCUCACUCAGGGACUAUGUUUUCUUCAACUUGCUCCAUUCUCAUCAUCAAUAGCUCUUGAAUCCAGUUCUGCAACUGCAAGAAAAGCUUCAUUUGCUUGCUCUUACUUCAUAAACGAACUUGGGUUUGCUCAAGAAAGAGCUCUCAGAGCUUCCCGGUACGUGAAUUUUGAAACCCCAGAUAAGCCAGACUCUGUGCGUUCAUUCUUGAGAAACCAUGGAUUCACAGAAUCCCAGAUCUCAAACAUGGUCAGAAGGUUCCCCCCUGUCCUCUUAUGUGAUCCGGAGAAGACCCUUUUGCCAAAGAUUGAAUUUUUCAAGUCUUCUGGUCUUUCCCAGGAAGACUUGAUUGAUUUACUCACUACAACCCCUCAGAUUUUCUGGAAUAGUGUGGAGAAUAAAUUGGCCCCCACUUUUGAUUUCUUGAAUAGUAUGUUUGGUUCAAGUAGCAACACUGUAAUGGCUAUGAAGACAUUCCAGCGCAACUUAAAUUUUGAGCAUCUGCAGUGUAAUAUUCGGCUUCUGGGAGAUGCAGGUGUGCCCAAGUCGAAUAUCGUGAAUUUGUUGAAGCACUGCCCCAGGGUUUUUCAUACGGAUAAGGAGAAGUUUGGGAAGAUCGUGGAGGAUGUGAAGGCGAUGGGGUUUAACCCGUUAAAAGUGAUGUUUGUUCUGGCAAUCAAGGCUUUCGCGACGAUGAAUAAGGUCACUUGGUCACAGAAGAUGGAGGCUUACAAGAAAUGCGGGUUUUCUGAGGCCGAGAUUCUUGAAACUUUCGAGAAGCAUCCUUGGUGUAUGAUGGUUUCGACGGAGAAGAUUGUAGCUGUGGUUGAUUUCCUCGUUAACAAAAUGGGGUUCGAAAGAUCUGUACUCCUCAAGAGACCCGUGCUUCUUUCGUUAAGCUUGGAGAAAAGGAUUGCUCCUAGGUGUUUGGUUUAUCGAACUCUGCUGGCAAAGGGUUUGGUUAAGGAUGACCUUAAUCUGUUAACUAUGCUGAUGGCUUCGGAAGAGAAAUUUGUGAAAAAUUACAUCGAGUUUCAUACAAGUGAAGCUUCUGAGCUAUUGAAGGUAUAUACGAAACUUCGUUGCAGGUUAGAAUGUACCUGCUAAGAACUUAUCUUAGAAAAAAUAAAAUAUAACCUUGAUUCUUUUUUCGAGUGUAUUGUUUGAAUUGGAACAACUUUCAGGUCCUCUCACGUUGGUGAUGCAAUUGAUGUGAAAUUUACUUGGUUCUAACU